CACCAUGCUUCUUCAAGUGUUUCCAGUUCUUCUCCUGUGUUUGCACAAUGGCCUAGCCGCGGGAGAAAAGUUGAGUAGGAAUGAGCAAGAAGUUACUUACAGGGAAUUAAGAAAGGUGGCCGAAACGUUAGAAGAAUUCAAAGAUCAACCUGAAGAUGCAGAGCUGGAUAGAAAACGAAAAGAUUUGUUGGAAACUCUACAAACUGCUGCCAGCAUAUUCUGUAAGGUGGUGAACGCUUUUAAAAGGGAAAUAACCGAGGAAAUGCAAACAGAAAAAAGAGACUUUAACUCCCUUCUUCUAGAUGCUAAGGCAGUCUGCCAAGCGGCAACUGAUGGUCAAGGGUUGCUGAAUGCUGCCCAAACAUUUUGCAGCUCCGACAAUGUAGGCAAACGAGAAACCCAAAGUCUGAAUGAUCUAACUGAUGCGCACCAAGUGAACAGAAGAGGAUUCUUGGAUGUCUUGUUGGAGAACGCUGCUAGAAUAUUUUGUUCCGUGGUCAACAACUUCCGUAGAGAUUUGGCCAAUUUUCAAGAGCAAAGCGACGAGGCAGAGUCAGGAAGAUAAGAGAGAAUGGGAGAGGCUAUUGCGACAUUAGAGCUGCCAACUUUAAAUCAAGUAUACAGUAGAUUGUACUUUUUUGUACUAGAGAAAAAUUCACACAAUUCUACGUGUAAAUUUCCCUUUUUUUAAAAUAUAGACAUUUAACAUCUUUAAAAAUGUGCUUAUGUGCUUCACUUCUAUGUUCAUAUUUUUAUUUGCAAAUGUUAUGUAAGUAGAACCUGUCAUAGACGUUGUUUAAUUUUUAGCAAUGAAUUUUGAAUAAAUAGCUAAUUUCUACUGUAAA